AUGGCGGCGCUCAGGUCUCUAUGGAGACUGCGGGCACCUUCAGGGUCCUGGUUAACAGGGACGCGGCUGGGGACGGCGCCCGCCAGAGGAAAGCAAUGGCAGCCAGAUGUGGAGUGGUUUCAGCAGUAUGGAGGUGCCGUUAUGUACCCCACCAAAGAGACAGAGAAGUGGGUUCCUCCUCCUUGGAAUGACAAGGACCCUCCGGCUGAGAAGAAAGUCUCCAACCUGACAAUCAACUUUGGGCCUCAGCAUCCUGCAGCUCACGGUGUCUUGAGGUUGGUCAUGGAGCUGAGCGGGGAGUCAGUGAAGAAGUGUGACCCCCACAUUGGCCUGUUGCACCGGGGCACGGAGAAACUAAUAGAAUACAAGACCUAUCUCCAGGCCCUGCCUUACUUUGACCGGCUUGACUACGUCUCCAUGAUGUGCAACGAACAGGCCUAUUCUUUAGCCGUGGAAAAACUGCUCAACAUCAGUCCACCCCCAAGGGCUCAGUGGAUCCGAGUUCUCUUUGGGGAAAUAACGCGUCUCUUGAACCACAUCAUGGCCAUCACCACCCAUGCCUUGGACAUCGGGGCCAUGACUCCGUUUUUCUGGAUGUUUGAGGAGAGAGAAAAGAUGUUUGAAUUCUACGAGCGGGUUUCUGGGGCUCGAAUGCACGCGGCGUAUGUCCGCCCGGGAGGAGUGCACCAGGACAUGCCUCUGGGGCUGAUGGACGACAUCUACGAAUUUGUGAAGAAUUUCUCCAUUCGGAUAGACGAGGUGGAAGAGAUGCUCACAAAUAACCGAAUCUGGAAAAACCGCACUGUUGAUAUUGGAGUGGUAACAGCGGAGGAAGCCUUGAAUUACGGUUUUAGCGGCGUGAUGCUUCGUGGCUCAGGGAUCCAGUGGGACCUUCGCAAAAGCCAGCCAUACGAUGUGUAUGACCAGGUGGAAUUUGACGUCCCCAUUGGAUCGCGAGGCGAUUGCUAUGACAGAUACCUCUGCCGAGUGGAAGAGAUGCGCCAGUCCCUCCGCAUCAUCUUGCAGUCUCUCAACAAGAUGCCCCCAGGGGAGAUCAAGGUGGAUGAUGCCAAGAUCGCUCCUCCAAAGAGGGCUGAGAUGAAGACCUCAAUGGAGGCCCUGAUCCACCACUUCAAGCUGUACACAGAAGGCUACCAAGUGCCCCCUGGCGCGACAUACACAGCCAUUGAAGCCCCCAAGGGGGAAUUUGGUGUCUAUCUGAUCUCCGACGGUAGCAGCCGACCCUACCGCUGCAAGAUUAAGGCUCCUGGCUUUGCCCACCUGGCCGGCUUGGAUAAGAUGUCGAGAGGACACAUGCUUGCAGAUGUGGUGGCCAUCAUCGGCACCCAGGACAUUGUCUUUGGCGAAGUGGACAGAUAAGGUUUGCCCUCGCCGAGGACUACAUAAUCCAAACCAGA